AAGGGGAGACGCGGGUCGAAAAGUCACAGAUUUCCGGAAAAUUUUCGCUUUUUCUUUUUCCGGUUGUAUUGGCAUCCUUGGACUAUAAUCUUUUACUUCUGAAAAUAUCAAGCUGAAGUUCGCGCGAGAAAUUAUCUAAAAAUGCUUCCAAGUGGGCAGCGGUGACGUGAGAAAUGCGCGAAAGUCGCCAAAAAUGGCGUAGUUCGCGUCGUCCUGUCGCGAAAACAACGCGUUGGCCGCCAUUUGCAAUCGUGCACGCAUGCUGCGAAGGCCGUCCCCUUCACAAUCCAUUAGUAGCCAGUCUCGUAGCUUCACGCAGAAUAAACAAAAAACAAGAAAAACAACGCGUACGUCACGCGUUUCGAAUAUCGCAGCAAACAGCGCGAGGCCGCCAUUGGACGGCGGUGCGCUCCACCCCCCCCCCCCCUCCUAUCUCUCCGGCAAAAGAGCGAAGCCUCGGACGUCGCGGUCAAGUUGUUCUGCGUUUCUCUGCAUUUUUGCGUCAUGGCAAGCCCCAAGAAGCGCAGUCUAGAUAAUCGAAAGUUCAGAACUCGCCACAAGUAUCGAGGGAAACGGCGUCGGACGCUUCCCAAAGCGACAGCGAACGACGAUGUCACCCCCGACCAACGCCCCGACGCUCGGACUUCGGAUAGGCCUAACACCGACACCGAACACCGCGACAGUGGUUGUGAAAUAGCCGCUGCCGUGGAAUUCGUCAGUGCAUCCCAAAGGAAGAUUGGAUUCUUCAAGAGCGAACGUAGACAAGUAGAUGCUGCUACUGCCAACACGCUGCUUUGCGAAAUCGAUGCGCUGACGGCACUUGUGGCGGGUGCGCAAUGCCCAACCUGCCGCGAACGGAAGCUCGGCGUCCGAGAGGCAGCUGGAAAGCGCAAAGGGCUUUCGGCAUUCCUUGAACUGUGCUGUGAAAAUCCCAAUUGCCCUGAAUCUGCACUUUCGUUCACGCACACGUCGAGACGUACUACUUCGGCCGGGAACCAAGGGACGAGCGCUCGUUUCGACAGCGGCAGCUCGCGUGACAGCUUUGCUGUAAACGUGAAGGCAGUUCUGGCAGCACGCGCUAUAGGCGCAGGCCAUGACCAACUUUCACGAUUUUGUGCGAUUCUCGGUCUUCCGAGCCCGAUGCAUCACAAAACAUUCAACGGCAUUUCCAAGAAGCUCCAUGGUGCCGCGAUGACGGCAGUGAGCAAAAACUUGGACCAGGCAAGAAACAUCACGAAGGACGCAGUCGGCGGCAGAGAUGUGCCAGUCAUGUUUGAUGGCACCUGGCAGAAAAGAGGUCAUAAAAGCCACAAUGGAGUGGGCACAGUCGUGUCCCUGGACACGGGGCUCUGCCUCGAUUUUGAAGUUCUUUCGAACUACUGCCAUGCUUGCAGUAUCCACAGGGACCUUGGGGAGGAUGAAGAGGUAUGGCGAGCUUUCCAUCUUCCAGUUUGCGAAAAAAACACUGACUGCUCAUCCCACGCAAUGGAACCUGCGGCAGCUGUCAAUAUAUGGCAGAGGACCUUGUCUUAUGAAACUCCACUGCAAUUCACCAGCUUCCUAAGUGAUGGUGACAGCAAGGCCUACACUGCAGUCUGCGAGGCAAAUGUGUACUGUGACACACACAUUGACAAAGAAGAGUGCACUAACCACGUUGCAAAGCGCUUGGGAACUGCGCUACGGAAAUUGGCAACACCACUGCCACGAGGCGAAAAACUGAAAGAUGCAACAAUAAUGAAACUACAAACAUACUACAAGAUCGCCAUCACGAGCAACAAGGACAGUGUUCGAAGUAUGUACACUGCCAUAUGGGCAUCGUAUUUUCAUUGCUGCUCUAGUGAUGGUGCCAGUAGCCACAACUUUUGCCCCGCGGGACCAAAUUCGUGGUGCAAGCACAAGCGUGCGGAAGCACUGGGGGAGCCUGCACCGCACCACACCCCACUGUUGACGAAGGCUCAAGGAUUGGCAAUUAUGCCUAUCUACGAGCGCCUUACAGAGGAGAAACUCCUUAUUCGGUGUCUUCAUGGCAAGACACAGAAUGCAGCCGAAUCGCUGAACAGCAAGAUAUGGCUGCUAUGUCCAAAAACAAAGUUUGCCUCCAGAACAACUGUGGAGACGGCCACCGCUCUUGCUGUACUCUGGUACAAUAAAGGCCACAGGGGCUUUGAAAAAGUGCUCGAAGGCAUUGGAAUUCUCCCCUCAAGAGAUCUGGCCACACAUGGUGACCGCUGUGACGUCAUGCGCAUCAGGAAGAUGAACCUGAAGCAAACUGCAGAAGCGAGGGCGCACCGUCGCAACACAGCGAAGAGAGCUCGUGUCGAGGACACUGACCGCAAGAGCCGUGAAGGACCAAGCUAUGGUGCGGGAGACUUCUAGACACUUGCAGUGCAUUCAGUGCAAGCUGCUUUUCAUUGUGCCCCAAUUUGAUGCAAAAAGAAUGGUUUCCUAAUAAAUGCCAACUUUCCAAACUUUCGAACUUGUUUUUCUCAUUUUCAUUUUUUUUUUUGACAAUUUCACGUUUUCCGGGCAGCCUUUUAGACACUUAUACUUAUUGUAUAGUAACGAAACUUGGCACACAUAUUCUUCAACACAUGCAGAAUGCAAAUAUCUAUUUGAAAUUGUAAUGCCUACCAGCAUUAGUUGUGAAAAUAUUAGGUUAUUGUUUCAAGGGAGAUUGAAAAUAAUUAGUCAUUCAAUACAAUUUUUUUUUCUUGGUUCCAAUAUUUCUGUGACAUAUCUGGAUAGAUAUUUGCACUUCACAAUCUACCAAGAGUCAAAUAAGAUCAGACACAAUGCUUUCACUGAAAGUUAAGUACAUAAAAGAGUACCUGCAAAAAAUGUAACUUUUUGCUAUUGUGCAUGGCAUAACUCAAUAACUAUAGCAGCUAUACAAAAAAUGAUUGCAUAUUUGAAAUCUGCAUGAAAAACUAUACCAAUAACAAAAUUUUCAAGUGUCUAUGACUAGAAAUUAAAAAAACGUUUUUUCGAGGAGCGUCUCCCCUUAAGCACUAGAGCUCGGUAGCUUCACUAAACUUUUAACGUGAUGCAGUACCCGCAUUUAAUUCUUGAACUGCUUCAAAGAAGGACCACAGCUCAACAUUUAGUGUUUAGGAGAACCUAAACUUGCACUUUUUAGUCUUUUGUGGUAUAGCAUAUUGGCAGUUCUUUCUGGGGUUUUACGAUGCCAAAACCAGUUCUGAUUAUGAGGCACUGCCGUAGGGGAGGGUUCCGGAAUAAUUUUGACCACCUAAGGUUGUUUAAUGUGCACUACAACGAGAGCACAUGGGCCGCUGCGGCCGGGGUUUGAUCCCGCAACCUCGUGCUCAGCAGUGCAAUGCCUUAGCCACUGAGACACCGCAGAGGGUUCGUUUUCAAAUUUAUCUGCUGUAUCUGAAGUACUAGUAGUGCUGAUUGCUGCACAAUCAAAAUUCUAGACUUCAUUGCUGAGUGCAGCCAUCACUGUCAAUUCCGUAAGUGUCCUUUUAGAAAGCUAGCCAGCUGAGGCAUUGUCAGAGUGGAGCAGA